AUGCUCCAUCAGCUUGAAAUACCCAAUCAUCGUGCCAAGUUCCUCGACUCUGUCUACAAAAGGCGAAGGGAGAUCCAAGAUAUUGCUGCCCAUCAUCUCGGUAUAUCUAACCCAAGAGACAUAGCCAUUGGAUACCGCGAGGGUUGGAUACAUGGAAGCUUCAACCUUUGUCUUCCCGUUGUAGUUGAUAGGUGGGAGAAGCAAUCGAGGAAGAUCUUUGUGUUCCGUGUGCCUCUUCCUUAUAAAUGCGGAGAGUUGCAUUUUCCUGGUAAUGCGGAAGAGAAAGUUCGGAACGAGGUCUCGACAUAUAUCUGGAUGCAAGAAAACUGCCCUGAAGUUCCAAUUCCACAAUUAUGGGGUUUCGGAUUCGGAGAUGGGCACACGUUCACCACUCCAAAGACAUCGCCUAUUUUGCCGUGGCUCUUUCAAGCUAUAUCCCGUAUUGUUCGAAAAUAUUUGGGUUAUCCCGCUCCCUCUGCUUAUGUCCGGCGCAAACGGCGGUGCAGAUUCGACCAUGGAUACAUGCUAUUGGAUCACAUCAGUGAAAAUGAAGGGAAGAUGCUAUCGUCCUCUUGGUCAGAGUCGCAUGGUGAUGACACCAAGAGGAGAACGCUCUUCCGCGACAUAUCACGAAUCAUGCUCUCAAUGGCCCGUGUCCCAAUGGCACGAAUUGGUUCCUUCACUAUAGACAACCGUGGAUUUAUCACAUUGACUAAUCGACCAUUAACUUGCCGGUUACAUGUAUUGGAAGCCGAAGGGAUCCCUACUAACAUCGGUCGAAGACAGACCUAUUCGAUGGUGGGGCCUUACAUCCAGGAUCUGUUAGAUUAUCAUAAUAGUCGGAUAUACCAUCAGCCAAACUCAAUUCUGGACGAAGAUGAUGGUUAUAACCAGAUGGCGGCGCUUUCUUUGAUGCAAUCGGUCUCUCGCCAUUUUUUCCAACGCAAAUACCGCCAAGGACCAUUCUUUUUCACACUCACGGACUGUCAUCAAAGCAACAUUUUUGUUGAUGAAAAUUGGAAUAUAAGGUACCUCAUUGAUUUGGAAUGGGCAUGCUCUCUGCCUGUUGAAUGCUUUCAUCCUCCAUGGUGGCUGAGCGGCGAUCGAGGAGUUGACGAAAUUGUCGAUGAUGCACUCCACCGGUUUGCUGAAAGACACAAAGAAUUUAUGCAAGUAUUCGAGGAAGAAGCUUUGGCUAAAUAUGGAAGCUGGGAAAACCGCGGCAAGGACAAUGAUGUGUAUCUCGGCCUAUCUUCCAUAAUGAAGCAAAGUAUUGAAGUCGGAAACAUCUUUUACUGCUACGCUCUGGAGUCAACCAAAGGAAUGUAUAAUAUAUUCCUUCAACACAUCAACUCAAGGUUCUCAAAAGACCCACAGUCACUACCAAAGGAGGCUGAUUUAGACGAUGUCGGCUGGCUUUAUCUAAGUCGUGCGGUGGCGCCUUACUGGGAUCCCAAAGCCCAUCAAAUCCUAGCCGCGAAAUUAGACGAAAAGAAGGUGUAUGAGAAACAAAUACGGGUUCUUUUUGAGGAAGCAGACCUUCCCUCUCGUGAUGGGCCUCCCUUAUCUGUUGCUACCGCAGGGAAUGAUGAUAACGUUGAAAACCGUAACAGAAGCGAUGUGUCUUAA